GGAGGUCGUGUCGCGUCCCGACUUGUGGCCGAGACUCUGGACAGUGAGGAUUCACAGCGUCUCAUAGGGGAGAGGAAGAGAGAAAGAGAGAGUGGAGAGUGGACAGAGUGAGGAGGACGGUGGUUAUCGAAACUAUUUGGUGAUGAUACGGGAGUAUUGUGAACUGACGGAAGUGGCUCUGAUGGAAGGAUGAAACUCUGGUGGUGAAACGGAUCACGGUUGGUGACGUGGAAUUGACUUGACGUCAGGUGGCGUUUAACGGAAGGAGGCGGUGGAUUGCGGUUACUGACAGAAAAGUGAUCACGAGUUGAGACUCAUUACGAUAUUUUAGCAGCAUCUGUGGCUGUUGAAAAAAGGCAAAUUAGACGCCGAACCACAAAUACUCUCCAGCUGAUUGAUUUUGUCAAAUCCCUUAUCAUUUUCAUCUUCUCCUUUAUUUCUUUUUGUCAGAGCAUUUACGGGAUCAACAGAGACGACACAACGUCAGCGUUCAAAAACUCUAUCUGUUUCUGAUGAAUGAGAUCUCCGGCCGCCGCUACGCCUAAACAUUCAUUCAAACGCAACGGGAGUGAAACUUGCCACGUGUGAACGAUACCACGUGCGAAAGUUGCCCGCACGUGUGAACACGCCAAGAGCAGGACAUGCCGCGCGUAACAACACAUCUCUUGUGAACAUCGCCCCAAGAUCUCCACGUGUGAGCACUAACACGUGUGAACAGUGCCACGUACCACCACGUGUUGGAAGUCACCACGUGUCAUCAGCCAUGGAAUCCGCAUCCCCCGAAGACAUGUGCGCGAAUGAAACUACAAACAUGUUUGGAGGGUUUGAGUUCGCCAACUUUUCGUACCCACAGAAGUAUGAUCCGCUGGACUUCAGUACUGCCGAUCUAGUCAAGAUGGUCGCGUACGGCAUCGUCUUCUUUGUCUCCCUCAUCGGCAAUCUCAGCGUCGUGGCCAUCUCUGCAGCAAACUCCCACAUGAGAAGCGCCAUAAAUGCCUACCUGGUGAAUCUGGCAGCAGCCGAUAUCUGCAUCGUGCUGUUUUGUAUGUGGGUACAUCUGGUGAAUAAUCUCAGCGAGCCGAUGUUCGUCUUGGGAGCAUUCUGGUGCAAGUUUAACGGAUUUGCGCAAAUGACGUCACUAACGGCCUCCGUUCUGACACUGACGGCCAUCGCCUGUGAUCGCUUCUCCGCCAUCAUGUUCCCGCUGCGUACACUGCGCAUGCGCGGAGUUCAUCGCUCGACGGCCAUCAUUGUUUUGAUUUGGCUGGUGUCUGCCGCGGUGGCUCUGCCUCUUCUUCUUUAUCGGGACCUCAUGGAAGUACAGUGGAAGGAUAUGGUGGAGGUCACGUGUCAGGACUCGUGGCCGGUGGCGCACGUCUGGGACCCCUUGCUGGGCAGGUGUACACGGACCCACAAACACAAGAUCGCCUACUAUACAAUGGUGACUCUGGCGUUGUUUUUCGCCCCUAUCGGCAUCAUGGGCGUGACGUACGCGCUCAUCAUCUGGAGGCUAUGGGUUUCUGCUGUACCUGAUAUAGGAGGCACGUCCCGGGUCCACUCACAGCAUAACGCCAAGAAGAAGGUGGUGAAGAUGGUGGUGAUGGUGGUGAUGGUGUUCGUCGUCUGCUGGGCACCACUCCAGGUCAUUAUUCUCUUCGGCGUGCUCAACAAAUACGACAGACUCCCCGAAUGGUUCUCUCACGUGGAGUUCUUCGCAUACUUCCUGGCGUACAGUAACUCCCUGUGGAACCCCGUGCUUUACGGAGGGUUUAACAACGCCUUUCGCAAGGGUUUCAGCAGACUCUUCAGAUGCCGGAAGCCCACGGUUGUCCUCAACGGGUUCCAACUGCAGCCCUAUGGACGGAUGACGGCCACGAGAGGGACUCUAACGUCGAGUCUGUCGCGUCCCAAUGCCACAUCGAAAACGUACAUCUGAACACGAGAGAGACACGCGCGAGCAUCAUUUCAGAUACUUUCCGUGCCGGUAAUAGCACAUUACGCCGGCUAAAACAUCUCAACGGCCACGUGGUACAACAGAGUGAGCGAGGUAAAACUGUGGUUACUACCAGGAUUUAAAGAUCAUGAGUUGGCGGUGUUGAGUAUGUUACCAUGCUGAGAAGCAAAAGUAAACCGAACUUGACAGCAAGGAUUAACCGUGAUGAACAGCAAGAAUUCGCCGUGCUAAAUAUCAAAAGUUAACUGUGCUGAACUUAGAAACUGAAUGACCUGAACGGUGGGCCCAACUGCGCUGCACGUUAGGACUUCAAAAUGGUUGCCACUACUAGGACUUGAAACCCUGAACAUUAGGGUCCAGCCGGCGCUCCACGUGUAGACGGUUAUGUGCUUGCCAUCAGGACUUGAAUACUCUGAGCAGCGGUGCCUAGCCGUGUGGACUACACAAAGCACGUGGACGCUAUCCUGCCUGACAUCAUGACCUAGCCGUGAUUGAAACUAGGAGUUAACUGCCGGACAUUGGGAGUUAACCGUGACGGACAUCAGGGACGUCUUCCGUACCCGAGAUUAGGACUUGAUCGUGAAAAGCAUCAGGAGAUGGUUCAGUGCGUACCCAAGAACCCUGUGGUGAACAACAGUGCUUGGUAGUGUCGCGUAACCGAACCUUAGCUGCGCAGAACUUCGCUUCGGCCAUUGUGGCUUGUAUAGUCAGUGGACGCCAAGACAGCACAGCAGUAAAAGGUCACGUUAAACAUUAGCACACACCAGUGCUACGAUGUAGGAACCUCAACUCGGGUCUCAGUGGCGGAUACGUGCAGAAGAAAACGACAGCGAGGAUCAACAGAUCUGAAAGUGGCAUUUAGAUACGGGUCGUCAGACAUUUGGACAGAGUGGGGCAGAAUCUCGGAGGGAUCAUGAGAUUGAGCUUACCGCAGUGUGUGAAACGUAGGCCGUCGGUUAAUGUUAAAUGUUUACGUGUGUCGAAAAUGUGGGAAGGGUAUUCUGUAAUGUAAUUGUAGAGGCCAAAGGUUGACUAAAGAUCAUUGGAGCAGAAAUUCAGUGAGAUUAUAUGAGAUAAUCACUACCUGCGUACUGCAUUGAUUUCUGACAGGCAUAGUGCAAGGUUGUUGUUUCGGUCGUCUUUUUAUAGACAAGCGAAACAGUUUGGCAAGCUGGAUGAAGAUGCGGGGCUCGCUGUAAAAGAUUUACGAGGCGGUGAAUAUCACAGACCUUGGUGACGUGUGAUGACGUAAUUCGAAUCUACGACAUCAUUGGCGUCGUAGAAUGAUGGCUAUUCCAAAUGUAAAUCAAUUUCGUGCGUGGGACUCUCGUCGGGGCCUCGCUACCACUUCGGUUAGAUCUUGGUGUCACGUGACAUGCCGUCCUGUCAACACGGCUGGCAGCGAACGAUGGAGGAGCCACGGCCCAAAGUCACGUGAUCACUCGUGUCGUGUGGUGUUCGGUGUCUCUCUUAGACAGUGAGAAAUGGAGCCCACCUGCCAUUCCGGCGGGUUGCGUGACACAAAUGCACGUGUUUUUCUCGACUAAUUGGAGCAGUAUUUCAAAAUGGGACGAGGGGUAGCGCGUUUGUAAAACUCGCUGUAAGAUGUCGCUAUUGUAAUGAGGCUCUUGUGAAUGCGAUAGUGUAUUAUUGAGUGUGUUUGUGUGGCUGGGUAUGUUUGUCUAAUUGGCUUGUUAGAUGCGUGAUGUUGUGUUUAAUCCCUCCUAUGUCAUCGAAAGUGGCAGCGCACCUUUCAAAAACAAGGCAAAGUUGAUUUAGACUUACAGUCAUCUUUAUAGGAUAUAACAGGUAAUUUUCUGCUAUUCAAACGAAAAAAAUCCCAAACAUAAGGCGACAGGCUUUGAACGACAGUGUGCGUACAUGACAUGGCAAAUUAACAAAAAAAGCUGAAGUGACAAAAUCUAAAAGAAUUCCCUCAACUUCUCUCGCUCAUUGCAUCAAGAACACAAUCACAUAUCUAUUUGCUACUCACGACUAAUUUAUUACUUCUGCUCGCGCGUAAAAUGCGGCGGUUCCGUUUGUUGUUGACUCGAAAGCUGCGAAGACUAAAGUCCUGCUGAGAAAAGCGACACUUUGGGUUCAUUCCAUCGUCACUGGAAAGUCGUGCUUUUUAUCUAGCGAAAGGUCACACGCCGUGGCCAUGGGGAGAUUUCGGUAGAUAAAUAUCACCCAAGCUGUGCCGCUUUUCUCAGCAGGUCUGAAUGAUUGGGCUGUUUAUUGGCUGUGUGAAUGAAUGUAGUGUAUUGUGAAAGUUUUGUCAGAAGAGCGGUUAACGAGGCUGAGAUCGUAACGCGGCCUGAUCUUCCCGAUUUCUGAUAAGAUUUCUGAUGAAGACAAGAGCUUCGAAACGUUUACCCCGAUGUGGAAAAGGUCCAAACAUUUAUCCUAACUUUUAGUUUUAUAACUAUGCCUUCUCAUGUUUUUUGGUGUUUUCACUGAAGCACGUAUUGCAGUAAGCGAGCAUGGCUGAUAAUAUCAUUCAGGUGAUAAAACUAUAGAACACUUCACGUGUAGUCAAAACCUCACUUUUUGUUCAUAAAGGCGAAAUGGCAUUCAUUCGUAAAGCUCCUUGCAAUUCAUACCAUCUUAUCAAAGUUGCAACGGGUCGGAAAUUAAUGCGGAAGGUUUUUGUUUUAUGUUUGUGCUUUAGUGCUGUGACUGAGAUGAAUGAUGAAAACUUAUUGGUACGUCACAAAAGUCUUACCUGCGUCUAUGCGGGAGUCCAAAGCGCUUUGUCCUGUCCAACUCAUAUGCUUGUGUAAAAUGUUUGUAAUGAAAUGUGAGUUGUGACAAGAUUCUCACUAGAAAGCGGUGCCCUAGUCUUGUCAGUAUCUUGUCGAAAUGUACGUACUCUAGGAGGUAAAAAUGGGGAAUGGAGACGAAUUUCAUAGUGUCAAAAUGUCAAUCGUCAAUGUCAUUUGAUGUCAACUAUGUCAUUGUGAUGUUUGCUCAUCAGCUGUUCGAGAAUUGUUGUGUCGGGUGUCUGUAUGUGCUCUUAGCAUUCUCAAAUUGUUCGCUAAGCAUGUGUGUUUGCAAAAUUUUAUCCACGUCGCCGUCGGCUGCUUUGUGUCGGGUGUCUGCUUAUAUUUGGGGAAAAUCAGUGUUUUUGAAUUGUUCUUAGUGUACAAUCAUUAAGUCAUUCACAGUUCGUGUACAGUCAUUACCUGGCUUAGUGACUUAGUCGCUAUGAUAGUUCAUUUUCAAUGAUGUUUUGCGCCGUUAACUAUUAAAACAACCACACUUAGGCUCACGAAAUGCUUUCUUGACCGCGCGACUAACUCAGCUGCGUAAAAUCGUCGGCCAAUUUUUUGUAGCAUGAUCGUUUGUAUGUCAGCUUUUUAGACUCAGUGUUUUAUGUGCCUCGUCUUGCCGCUUCUUUGACGCGUGAUUCGCAUCUCGAGAGGGACAUGUUCUGCCCAGUCUAGCCUGAUGUCCUGUACCUCGUCUCGCCCAAUGUCUCGCGCCCCGUUGGUGUCGGUCGUCUCGCUGUCUCGCUGUUGAUUUUGGGAAAAGUCUGUGUGAGAUCUCGCUCCCCGUUCGCCGUGGCUCCUCGUUGUGGCAGAGACUGAAUACAAUCUCGGUGGUAAGCCAGAG